GUUGACACUUUCGAGUUGGCCUGCGCAAUUGAGCUGUGCCGGAAUAAUUAUAUCUCAGAUGGUUUUUGACAUUGUUCUUUUGGCAAGCACCGCUGCUUUUGCAGCACUUCGCAUCUACGCAAUCUAUGACCGUAAUAAGGCUGUGUUUGGGUUAGUUCUAUGUCUGGGCCUUCUAAAUCCUGCCUUGACAGUAUACUCAUUUAUCUCAAUGAACCCACAAACAAAAACGGAGCCGGAUCUUGGAGUUACGUGCUCAUUCGUGACAAGAAUACCCGAGAGUGUAUACGACAACUGGAUGAUCAGUGGCAGAGCUUCUUCUGUUCUUGCAGAUUUUAUCGUGUUCGUUUUGACGUGGGUGAAGACACGACCAUUCAUGCACAAUGGCAUUCAAAACGGGCUUCAAAGGCUAAUGCUCAUGGACACGGCAUGGUACUUUGGGAUCCUAUCAAUUAUCAAUGUUGUUAGCAUGGGAGUCGGCCAUCUUGACACGACAUCUUUCAAUGUGCCAUUUGCAGCCUGGACAUCUGCGAUGACCUCAAUAAUGCUGUCGCGGCUGAUGCUAAAUUUGCGCAAGGGUUAUGCCAAAAGGAAGGAGGAAAUAUCAUCCACUGAUCCGACCUCAUUGCUAUUCACUGCGUUAAAUAUUGAUGCUGAUGACAAAUGCCUAGCCGACGACAAUAGUGCUCCAAUUAUUGACGGAAACCCGGAUUCCAGAAUGGAAAACAUACUGGCAGAGGGAGAGGCUGAUCUACCAUAUUCCGAGCCGUAGCAAACUUGAUUCACAAGUAUCGCGUACACAAAGUUGUAAACGUUGUAUUGUCAAUAUGGUGUCUCCCGCUGCCUAUAUACACAUGGAGAAGUCAGAUAGCG